AUGGAGCCGGCCGGGGAUCGUCCCGUCCUGGCUGAGAUUGUUGAGCGGCACACUGGAGGCAAUUCAAACAUUGCCACCACCACCGCCACUAGUGGUGACGACAGCAAUGGGGUUCUCUGCACUCUGCGCCCGAUUCAGGCCGUUGUGGGGAGGCCUUUUCCGCGAUUUCACCCCGACCGCUUUUACGGUCGCCAAACAAUGGAUGAGCGCAGCCGCAUCGGCCUUACGGGGACGGCUGGCGGGGCGACGACGGCGGGCCCUGCGCAUGGAUUCACCGCUCACGUGCAGCCGACGACAAGCAACGGUGCUGGCAACAUCACAGGUUACAUUGGGAUGGGCUCGUAUGAUGGCACUGGCGUGAUUGCGUCAAUGGCACGUCAACAUCAGUGGGAGGCACAGGAGUUUGAGGGGCUGGAAAGGGGAUACUACACUGUGCCACUUCACCCCCCCAGUGCAGAUGGGACGACGACGGCGCAAGAAUUGUCCGAGUUUGUGCAAGGCGAGGCAUACGUGGAGCUUCUACUGCGGUUUUUGUGUAGUACUGUCCGCAAGCACCGUGAGUGUGCCACAUCCGCUUUGAAGGCACGGCUCAUGUGCGAUUCCAAGCUGAGAGAGCGGUGCGCGUUUGGCCCUGGCUGCGCUCAGUUUGUGCGUCUCAUCAUUACGGAACUUUCGUCCGGCCACAAGGUGCCAUGUGGCACCGCUGCUGAAUGCCUUGUGCUGCUCUUUUACGACGCCACGGCCGAGAUGGUGGAGGUGGUUGGUGAAAUUGGCGUUCCCCCAACAGAUCCGGCAGCAUGUAUGGAGGAAGAGGGGAAGGAGGAAGACACCACCGCCGCCGCCAACAACGAGGUGACUUUUGCGGAUCUCUCUGAAUGGAUGCGAGGUGGAGAAGACAAGGCCCGCGCAUUGGAUCAACUGGGUCUGACUUCCAGCGUCAUGGAUGCGCUGAGUCUGCUGCCGCCGACGGUCGUUGCACGGCUGCUGCUGGGAAGUGGCGUUUUGUCGCUUCCACCUGUUGCCGUUCGUGUGGCUUCCGACCCGCGUUACACCCGAUUUGUGACGGAACGACUGGGCAGUGUGUUGGUGGGAGCGACACCGACUGGAGAGAUUGUUGAGGAGCUACUGCUACUGCGCCGUGUGCUGCAUGUGAAACAAGCAUGCAGCGUGCUUCUACCGCUUCUGUAUGAAAGCCUUGUACUCUUCCUUCGCCAUAUGUGCACAAUACCCGCCGAAGAGAUGCGCUCUGUGUCAGAGGUUGUGGCGUCUCUCGCAGCAUUUCUUGUGCUCCGCGCCCUGGUACGCCAUGGGCGUUUUGGCGUAUUUUACGACAUUUGGGACGCGCUUCUAACGGCGACUGGGGUGGGUGCAUGCAUGCCGGCGGAGAUGUGGCUUCUCCUUACCUCCACCACCGUGCCAUCAGAGCCUACAUCUUCCACGAUUGAGACAUGUAGUCUGGCGUUGGCGCGUGGUGCGGUGCAAACGCUGGUGACAUGUGCCCAGGCGAUUGAGGACCGCGCAGUGGACGAGGCAUCAGCGGGUUAUUGCGCUUCACUUCUUGCUGCUGCGACUUCGAUGCACUACUUGGCCACGUACUUUACUAUCGCUGGAGAGACAGAGGAGACGUCGCUCCUGCUUGGCUCUGCGGGUGAGACGCUACAUCGUGUGCAGGAGAUGUUGGCUAAAUUUGUGCUGAGCUCCGAGGGGCUGCGGCAUGCAUUUAUUCGAUUGAACAAUAGUCGAGAGGUGGGUUCUUCUUUUACCGUCCACACCCAACCACUCAUCGCAUUCCAUCCGCAACCAUUUGUGGAGUCUUGUUGGGCCUCUUUGACCCACGCGCGUGUUCGCCUGUUGGCAUCAACGCACAUCGCCUUCUCUGCAGUACGCCCUGAGUCGUCCAUGGGAUACGCCGCAGCUCUGGCCAUCAAAUUUGAGCAAAAUUGCAUGGGACUUUCAAAACUUAUAGGGCAUUUGCUGCCGGACGAGAUCUGCACAAUGAUUGAGGUGGCCAACUUCAUGCGUCGUCAUACGCAUACACUGUCGGUGGACCAACAGCAGCAGUACAAACGGAGCACGUACAUUGCAGAGAUAUUUAUUCUUCAUGGCAUCGCCUUAACGAAGCAUUGCCUGGACGCCGCUCAGAAGAUAAUAAAUUCGAUCCUCGGGCUACCGGAUGACAUCGAACUUGGUGCGACGGUCCAGUCAUCAACGUCAUUGCCACCAACAACACUUUUACGUAUUGAAUUGGGGAAAAGUUUGAGACGGGCGGUCGAACAGACACAGUGGCCGUGGUUCCUCUUUCCACUUUAUGACGGCGAACUUCUCAGCAAAUCUGCAUGGUGUGCUUGGCUGCAGCAGGCACUUGGGGCACACCAGUGCAUGAAGCGUCUCCUGGAGUGGGAUGUGAUAUUAUGCCAUGUUCUCAAGUGGUGUGUGCUGCACCGCGAGACACAACGGGAUUGGCACAGUCAGAUCGGUGGCAAUGAAAAUAAAUCGCGUGGUGACAACACGGAUCUCUUUUUUGUGCUGGAGGCACUCUACAUUGGUGUGUUGCCACGUUCUGGAGGCGUCAUCACUGCUUCCGCCUCCGAUACUCUCAAGGCACUUACCGCCUACGCCUCUCCACACGCGGAGGAAUCGAUGAACAGACGACUCUUUGAGGCACUUGCAGUAACUGCCACCGCCUGCCCCCCAUCUGUUUCCGUCGUGAUGGUUCGACUCAUGGCCCACACAAUACUCGAGGGAGACGACACGCAGCACCGCACAUCAUUUCAGACUGCCGUUGCCGACACCACCACGGCGAUGGAUACCAAUACGCGUGACGACGGUGAUAGGGUGAGCACCCCAUCCGUGAGUGCGGAGAGCCUUUUGCAGAGCUGGGCCGCGACAGGGCGGCUGAGCGACGAGGCUCCGCGUAAAGGGGCUGUAUCGUGGGAGUUGGAGAACAUUGUUGAGCUUCUACAGGUGGUGGCAGAGAAGCAGGCGUUCUUUUUGCGCGAUGGCCGGCUGGGAAGCAUCAUCGUGAGGCAGCUCAUGGAGGGUAUGACCCGAGGGUACCUGCAGCAGCACCAUCCACUGACCGCGUUUGAACGCCAGGUUCUCUGCCGCAUACAGGAGGAGGUGGCAUGGUGCCCGACUUGUCUAACUGAGGUAUUAGCGGAUCCCGCUGGGGACCCACAAACGCAACAAAAAUAA